CAACCAAAUCCAUCUCCAGUCCCACCCAUCAUCCCUCUCCUUGCUCCACGACACGGCCGGCGUGCGUGCCUGUGGUUAUCUCUUUCGCGUGAGCUACCAAGAGUGGCGACAGUAGUGGAGAGUGGCAGAGAAUGGUGGCGCCCGGCCUGACCAGAGCUGAGCUGAGCUGAGCUGAGAUCCUCCUUUGCGCAUGCUUCCUUCUCCUUGCUCCGUCGCGGCGUGCGGCGCUCGUGCGUUCCGGCGCUUGGCUGUGGCCGCCGUCAGCUUCCCGAUGCUCCUCUUCUGCGACGCCAUGGUGUGGGCCGUCAACUUCCUCACCUUCCCCGUGCGCCUCCUCGCCGCCGCCGACAGGGAGCGCAAGUUGGACCGGCUGGUGGGGGAGAUGCAGGGGCAGAUGGAGCGGGUGGUGUGGGAGAACAGGGACCUGGAGCAGAGGUUGAGGGUGGCGCUCAAGGAGAAGGCGACCAUGGAGGACAUCCUCGACGAGAUGGAGGAGGAGAAUGAGGAUGCCUUCGCACGGAUCGACCUCCUCGAGAGCCAGCUCAAGGCGCUCAAGAAGGAGAACAUGCGGCUCAAGGAGCAGAGGGGCAAGUCCGUGUGGGACAAGGCGGCGGCGACGGUGACGGUGGCUGGAAGUGGCGGCGGCAAGAAGAAGGCUGGCGAACAGAGGGCAUGGGAAGGCAAAGAAGAGGAAGAAGACGCUGCAGCUCACCAGGAACUGCCCGUCCUCUUCAGACCCGGCCACCUCGACGCCUUCCCACCAUCGGAUGCGCAGGCAAGAAUGUUGCGGGCGACGGCGCGGCGACGUAGCCUAUUCAGCCUGGGCAUGUCGCUGGCGGUGGGCGGGAUCGCGUGGUCCGCGGACAAGCCAUGCCUGCCGCUACUCGCGGGGCUCGUCGCCGUGGUGGCCAUGUCAAUGUGCAGCGUGUCGCGCCUCUUCCGCGCGCCCGCGGACCGCCGCGGCCUGCCUCCGGCGUCCGCAGCUUCCGACGGCGCCGUGGCGCUGCUGAGCCUCAACUGGUUCCUGCUGGGAGUCCUCACAUACCCGAUGCUCCCGGGCGUGGCGCGCGCCGUCGUCCCGCGCGCCGCUCGCCUCGCCGGGCCCGCCAUCGCGUGGGUCGCCGCGGCGCUCCCCGCUCCCGUGUGAGAGAAGUGGCACUUUCUGUGUGCCAUCUGUGUAUCCGCGUGUCUUGUUGCUUGAGCUUGUGUGGGUGAUGUAGCCGCCUCUCUGUUUUCUUAAGUUGUGCGAGUCGUUAUUGUAGUAAAAAGAGGCUUUAUUCUCCUAAACUUGAGCAUAUACAAAACGUAGAAUCUGACCACGAAUAUGUGUUUUGUUUUCAAAUAUCAUGCUAAGACAUUGUGGCUUUGAAUAUCACAAUACAUUGUGGCUUU